AUGUCAUCUUCUUCUGAAAGUUCAACGAAGCCAUCCGACACUGAGCCUCUCUCCAGCUCUGAACACAGUCGAGCCAAUUGUCUAUUAAAGUCCUUAUCACAUGAGUCAGAUAGUUUAGAGAGCAAUACAGCUAUACCACCUGUGUCAGACCUUUAUAUCUUUGAAAGUGACACACAGGACUUCCUCCUGGGCCCUAAUGUAGAUCCCCAGGAGAUCAAAUGUCCUGAAUACAAAGAACAUAGGACAUUUUCAGAAACAGAGGGAGAAAAGGCAGAGCCUGACUGCGGAACAUGCGACCUCUUGUGUGAUUCAGAAAACGUGGUGACACAAUGUCAUUGCGGCUCGAGUGAGGAACGAGCUAUGGUGGGCUAUGAGUCAGAUGUAAGCCAACAUUCAAAGCUAACACCACCUGCUUUGGAUGCCUGUGAGGCAGGCUUGGUGUCGGUAAAUGAUGGUAGGCGAGGGAAAGCAGAGGUCGCUGAUUUGACCCACCAAACAAGGCGAAGUGACAGCCCUAUCGAGCUGUGGCUGGAUGCAUGCCAGUAUCUGACAGGUGAGGAUACACAAGAUUUGGAUGUUUGGGACCAGACAGGACAUUAUAUGAUUCAAGGAGAGCUCACCAGUAACAUUUAUUUUCCCCCAGGAGAGACAAAAGUGUCAGGUUACAUCCCUGGUGGGAGCGAGGGGAUUGGCUGGUCCAGCGAUGACACUAGGGGUUGGGGGCCACCGGUUGAGAGGUGGUCAUCCGUGGACAGCUGGGCCAGUGCACUCUCAGACUGGAGUGGGAUCAUCGCAGCUCCACCAAAGGACUUUACAGCCGCUUUUACAGAAAUAGGGGCUGGGAUUGAUGCUCUAACACAGGCACUAGCAGAGGUGAACACUCAUAUUGGGACAGAAACGUUUAAAGACGGAAAGGGUCUAGAGCCAGUUGUAAAGAAACCCAUGGGCAUCCAGGAUCAGGCCCUAGAGGGGCAAAACAUCCCAGAGAGUUCCUUCCUCUCCGGUCAGAGCUUACUCUCUUUGUGUGAAGCUGCACAACCUGAGCUUAGAGACAGAGAAGACUCUCAAAGCGUUGAAUCCUUGUGUGAUUCAACAGCUAACACGCAAGAUGAAAAGGAGCCGGAGGAGAUCCAGAGCUGCCAGGCUGAGCUCUCUCCAUGCCCUACAAACAAGCACUCAUCCAUAGGAUCCUCCAGUGCUAAGAUGGCCUUCACUGGAGGGUACAGUUCAGAUGUGGCCAUUGGAUCUACUUCUACUUAUCUGGACCUUUCUCACUUUAGUGGAUUAGAGGACACUUUUAUCAGCAGUGAAGAAGAUCCAGUCGUACUGAAUAUAACAGAGGAUACCGAUUUGGCGGGACAAAAUAAACCUGGAGAGCUGAUAAUUGAGGAGUCCUUUAGAGAUGAAGUGUGUGAAGUGACAUACAAACAUAUCGUCUCCCAGCCGGGCUUUUGGGCAGAACAGGAAGUCUCCAGAAGCUGUGCGGAGGUCUUUCGUGAAGAAACAGGACCUUCAUCAGAUCUUCAUUUUUUCACCAAAAACACUUGCGUGUCAAAUGUGCACACACAACCUGAGACUCUACCAGACCUUAACUGGCCAUGUCAGGUGGAGCCAGAGAGGGGAAGUCCUAAGUUUAUUAUGCCCUUAGCCCCUCUUGAUAUCUGCUCCUCCCUCCUGUGUCGGACAAACUGCAGUUUGGAAGGAGAUCAAGCUUCUCUCAAUGACAACACGGACCUCGGUUGUGGUCACGUACAACGUUGCAUUCUCUGGCCAACCUUGGAUGGGAUUACUGACCAAACAUCUUUGGAUGAUGACGAGUUGAUUCAUAGAAAGGAAAAUACAACAAAGUCUGCAGAGAAAUCUUCAACAAAUAGAAAACCAUCCUUUGUUACUGCGAGAAAAAUAAUAAUUGAGGAGAUUCAUGACCUUAGUAAAGAGCUUUCACACUUGGCUGAUGUCCCUGCAGAUCAUUUCAUCGUGUCAGAGAGGAACCGCAUUGCAUUCAUCACCUUAGAUUUAAAUGACCCAUUUGUCCCAAGGGCUGUAAAACCCAUCGCCAAAGCAAUACAGUCUCAGUUAAGUCAGAAAACAGCUGAAACUAUGCCGCAUAAAACUCAUAAGUGUACCUCAGAGAGCAAAGCCCGCUCCAAGAAGGACAAAACUGCUGGCCAUCAUCAUGGUGUACAAGCUUCAAAGAAACAGGAUAAUUUAUCUCAUCACGUUGCACCACAGCAGGUCUGCAAACAGCAAGAAACUCAUCCUCUUACUGAGGAAAAUUACAUUAGUGAGAACAUUCAAGUCGGGCCUGUGGAAAAGGAGGCUAAACUGUUGAUUGAAACUGUUGUAGAUGCGGAGAAGGCUCCAAACAAGCCACAUGGCAAGAAGAAAAAGAAACACGUUUCGAAUGCAACAGGAGGGAGAAGUGUUGUGGAGCCUCCGGUUGAGGUGGAGAAUGGCACAAAACCAAAAACUGCAAAAGGAAGGAUUGAAAUGUUUGAGGCUAAACUGGGUGCUAAAACUGGGAAAGCUGAAAAUGACAUUGACCAGUCACAGGAGAAAAAGUCCCAGAAACCAGAGGCAAAAGCUAAAGCUUCCUUUGGAGAACAACCUCCGCAUCAUGAAGAUCAUAAAGACCACAAGCCUAAGAAAUGUACUACUACUCUGAAUGAUGACAUCAUUAAAAAACGUCGGCUGUCAGAAAAUAAGUUUGGAAAGAUUAUCAGUGUUUCGGAGACCAAAAUACCAAAGCCAGACGUUUCUAUUCUGGCCAAGGCAGAGGAAACCAAGGUAGAUGCUGGAGCUACUCGCAAGAAGGCCUACAGUGAAGUGGUCAAACAGAAAACCCCAGCUAAAGAAGACAUUAAAGUGGAACAGCCUAUCCAGGCAGUGUCAGUGAGCGGGGAUCCUCAGACUCUGUGCCUGUGGUGUCAGUUUUCGGGUGUUUUCUCCAACCACACUGUCACCUGGAGCAGAGGCGACACUGUCCUGUCUGAGAGCAAGAGAAGUGCAGGGGACGAGAGCAGAGUGUCACUGAACAUCUGCAACGCUUCUCAGAAAGACCUGGGCAAGUUCCAGUGUCAGCUCACCAGUUUAAAUGGAUCAGUCACCCUGGACUACGUGCUCACAUAUGAAGCGCUCAGUGAGAUUGUCAUCCCUCCAUCUCCAAAGAUCCUCUCAUCUGCCCCUGUGGAGGUUGGGAGUGAAGAGGAGGAUAUCCAUUGUUCAAGGCUGAUUUUCAAAGAGGAUUUCCUCUCCGACCAAUGUUUUGGAGAGAAUCAGCCUGCCAGCAUCAUCACUGAAAAGGUUCACUUUGGGGAGGGGAUGCACCGCCGGGCUUUCCGGACCAAGAUGCAGGCCGGUCAGAUACCCCUCUUACUACCUGGACACUCCUGUGUGCUCAAAGUACACACCUCCAUCAGCUACGGGACCACGAACAACGAUGAGCUCGUUCAGAAGAACUUCACCUUGGCUGUAGAGGAGUGCCAUGUCCAGAACACAGCAAGAGAGUACAUCAAGGCGUACACCACUGCAGCUGGGUCUGUGGAAGCCUUUGGAGAGGUCCCAGAGAUUAUUCCCAUCUACCUGGUUCACCGCCCAUCCAACGACAUCCCGUACGCCACGCUGGAGCAGGAGCUGAUUGGUGACUUUGUGAAGUAUUCGGUCAAGGACGGGAAAGAGAUCAACCUGUUGAGACGCAACUCGGAGGCGGGACAGAAGUGUUGUGCUUUCCAGCACUGGGUCUACCACAAGACUGAGGGCAACCUGCUGGUCACUGACAUGCAAGGAGUAGGAAUGAGGCUCACUGAUGUGGGAAUAGCCACCUGUAAGAAAGGAUACAAGGGCUUCAAAGGGAACUGUGCCACCUCCUUCAUUGACCAGUUCAAAGCUUUGCACAAUUGUAAUCCAUACUGUGAGCUGCUGGGCCUCAAAUCCCUGCAGCCCAAACCCAAAAAGGCUGCAUCUGCUCCCAAACCCAAAGCCCAAACCUCCGCUGCACCCAAGAAGAAGACAUUUGGGCCAACAGUGAAGGGGAAGUCGUAGUAGUAGGAGAAUCUUGGACUAUGUUUAAGUAUUUUAUUGAAUAGCUGAGGUUUAAUUUGAUUUACUACUCCGGUCAUGCAGAGAUUGGCCUGUAAAACAUGUAUAACUGAAAGGACUCGUUGUUUUGAGCUGCAGAUGACGGAGAAAACACAUGCAUUGAUUCUGAAAAGAGUGAUCGUUUUACAACCAGCAGCUGUUGUUUUUAUUUGCUUCAUCUCGUGUUGAACAUUUGAGAGAGAUAUUUUAUUGAAAUGAGAAGAUUUCUGUUUCAGAGUGUAUUUAUAAUCUAUGGGAGGACACUUUAUCCCACGUGUUUUAGGAAAACUGUGACAAAAUUAACAAACACUUGAAAACGAUGAUAAUAAUGUUGAGUUUGUGUUGAACUGUGACGUCUUAGAGAUCGCUUUAUUGUUGAGGUGCAAUGAUUCUUCUUGAUUUUUCUACUUUGGUGAUGUUUUCAAACUAUAAGUUCAUUAAAUUAAUGAACUUGAUAAUUAAUUGAUUAGAGAAAAUGUCUUUUAGGUAGGUUGUUUAAAUAUGCACGGUGAAGGAUAUGUAUUUUGUUUUGUUCAGUAUGAGAGGCAAACUUGUGUGUUUCGUUUGCAGGGUAUUGUAUAUUCAGUUUAAUAUGACAUUAAUAUGAUGUACUAAAAGCAGGAUCUUCAAGAUAAAAUCAUAUUUUAUUCUGAAACAACAGAAAUACAUGGUGUACACAUUAACACAUAAUCUGGUUGAUUCACUGGAAAAAGGAAAGAUGUAUUUAUAUAUCAUUUUUUUGUCUGGUGCAGUUCUGACUGUUUGAUUUGUAUGUCUGACAUCAUUUCAAGGAUCUAUAAUCUAUCUCAGAUAAAGUGAAAGGCUUCAAACUAACCAUAAACCUCACAUCUAGAGCCACAUUUCAAUAACAUACCAGCUAUUUUAAGUCUUCUGAUAAUAACCCUCUCUGUCAGACUGUCACUGGUUUUUUUUUAAUAAUCCCUACCCACAUUGCAGUUCUCAGGUUAUGGCAAAUAUGUAAGCACACAAUAGAUCCGUGUUGUUAAAGAAAUGUUACUGGUUGAAAAGGCUUUCAGAUUUUCUUUUUUAAUAAUCAAAUCACAUUUUAGGUUUUAAAAGAUCAGGGUUUUAUCACUGUGUCAAUAUGCAAAUACCUGCUUGUAAUUGAACAUUGGGCUGGGUUUGGAGGUGUUUAUUUGUCUGUCAAUAAAUAUUAACAGGCAAUUUUACUGUA